GCACCGGGCUAUGCUGUGUUGCAGCGUGCCGGGCUGACAGCGGCUGGCAGUAGCGCCGCAGCCCGGGACAGGCGCAGGUCGGGUUGUAGGAGCCGCCGCCCCGCGGAGAGCCGCGGCACAAUGGCUGACAAUAAAGCAAAGUCGACUAAACCUGUGAAUAAGACUCCUCCAAAGUCUCCUUCAGAUCCAGCAAAGGAACGAGCAGCAAAACGAUUAUCCUAUGAUUCCAACAGCUCCCAUGAGGGAGCUAUGGCAGGAGAAAUAAGUGCUCUGGAAGAGGCUUUUAGAAAAUUUGCUAUCCAUGGCGAUACAAGAGCCACAGGAAAAGAAAUGCAUGGGAAGAACUGGUCAAAACUAUGUAAAGACUGUCAUGUGAUAGAUGGAAAGAAUGUGACAAUCACAGAUGUUGAUAUUGUCUUCAGUAAAAUCAAGGGAAAGUCUUCCAGAACUAUCACUUUUGAGCAGUUUAAGGAAGCUCUUCAGGAACUCUCCAAGAAGCGGUUUAAAGACAAGAGCGAUGAGGAAGCAGUUCAAGAAAUACAUAAACUAAUUGAAGGAAAAGUCCCGAUUAUAUCUGGAGUAACGAAAGCCAUUUCAUCUCCAACUGUAUCACGCCUUACAGAUACAUCAAAAUUCACAGGUUCUCACAAAGAGAGGUUUGAUCCAAGUGGGAAAGGAAAAGGCAAAGCAGGUCGAGAAGAUCUGGUGGAUGCUUCAGGAUAUGUAUCUGGCUAUAAGCAUGCAGGCACAUAUGAUCAUAAAGUGCAAGGAAGCAAGUAAGGCUGAGGGUUUACAAUACAGCGGGAAAAAAAGAGGAGGAGAGAGAAUAUAUUUUUAAGAAUGAUGUAGAUGAAUCCCACAUGUUUCAGUUAUUGUGAAUGCUAAGACUGUGUUGUCAAGAAGUUGUUUUCAGGAACUGGAACUGAUUUCAACAUCUGCUGAGCUACUUGCAGUACAACACCACUUCAUUACAUUCCUCAUGCGUAUAUUGGCAAAAAUAAAUGUAUCAGUACAAACACCAUUCUGUUGAGCUUUAGACAAAAACCCCAAAGCCAAGAGCCGUUAUACCACACUUUGUCAAUUUUAGGGAAAGAUCUCAAACAUUCCUAAGUGUCCAGUUGCCCUGAAGAUGUAGAAAAGAACCUCUUGAAAAGAGGGCCUUUCUGAAGAGCAUCCUGUUAUUUAUGGUGUUUGAUUUGACUACUGCUUGGGGUUUGGGGGUUUUUUCAGUGUCUUAUAGGGGAUCUGGCACUCCCCUAAAAGAUUCAACAAUGUACUAUUGGGGAGUAAGUGGUUGUAAUAUACAGGUGCUGGCCUGUACAUUUCAUAUGCCAUUUAUGAACAACUAAAAAAAAAAAAAAAAGCUACUUCUGAGACAAUUUUGGUUCUAAUGUAUUUAUGUCAGCAGAAAGAUGUGGAAAAUACCAGUCCUUAUUUCCCUCCUGUCUAUACUUCUUGCUAGUUACUGUGUGUAUUGUAGCAUGGUUCUGACUGGCUGGAUUUGGGUGGAGCUAAUGUACUAACCUGGGAGACGAGGAACAAGACAUAUAUAAGGAAGUCUAUAAAACCUUUUUUAGUCUGUUUUCAAGUUUGCACUGCCUCACAUUUGAAAUGAAGGGGGCAUUAAGAUAAUGCUUUAAAAUAUUAAUUAUGACUAAACACUGCCAGUCAGAUUGCUAUUUGUUAGGUGAAUGUCCUUAUGCACACUUAUGCACAUAUAUUGGCACAUACUCCCGUUAACGUAUAGUGGGUGUAAGGAAAGUUUAUGGCUCCUUGGAAUAAGGACACUUAAAAUUAAUAUCCAUGUAAUUCAGUGUGAUUUGCCCCCAAAAUUAUACUCCUAAAGCUGGACUGCAUGGUCUGGUAGUUUUUUCUGAAGCCAAGGGACUUGAUUCUCCUUUCACUUAUGCUGCCUGACUCCAGAGUAAUUGGAAUUACUCCAGAGUAUUGAUGGGAAUGGCUUUCCACUGCUGUAGGAGGAGAACCAGCUCCAUAGAGUUAGGGUACAGGCAGCUGAACAUGACCCGCAUGGGGCACAGAAUGCCAAAACAGGCUAAUAGGAAUAAAAAUCAUUCAUUUUUAAUUAAAAAGGAAAGAAAAAGCUGAUCCAAAUUUUCAAGAGAGCAGAACAAGCACUCUAAUGUAUUACUCUGCUUCUAUAAAAUUAUGAAAGAUAGGAUUUGAGAAUUUAGAAACAGCUGCCACCAGUUCUACUUUACUUUCUUUCAAAACAAGCUUGCGCGCUGAUUUUAAUGCUCAGCUCUGGAUGAAGGUUAAUAACUUUGUUGCUCUCUCCCUGCCCUUAUCAGCCUCACACUUAGAGUGCACAAAAUCAGUGUUUGGUGCUGCAUGUGCUAUCAUGUGCCAUGCCGGUCAGCAGCUUGUAUUUGGCUUGUGUCCAGAGACAGAGAACUGGCUUGAACAGUUCAUGUUUUGUUUUUCUGGCAUUGAAUGGUAGCCUUUCUUGUAACUUUGCCUCCAAUGACCCUGUGAGCCCAUAGAUCAGCCUGAAACCAAAACAAUAAUAACAAACAAAGGCAAGGACUUCCUCAUGGACUUGGAGAUUUUUUGUUUGUUUAUAAUUUGUUUUGGUUUUUGUUUUGAGGAGGAAGGGAAGUUUGCCAGAACUCAGCACAUGUUCUUAUAAGGAUUUAAAUGGCUAUUUUUUCCCAUGGGUGGCUCUGGUUACCUGGGAAGACUGUUGAUGUAUGUCAGGAUGCUCAGGAUGAGAAGCUUUAAGGUUUGUGAAGCCUUUCCAUGAGUUACCUGUUGUUUUUGAAGAAAAAUUUCCAGGGAAGGAAGGGUUAUCCACUUCUGUGUUGCACUGGUGACCUGUCACACUUUCAAAUGCAGAAAAUAGCAAACUGUGAUACAAGGGAUGGCUGAAUUAUUCCAGCCUGGCGGUGGAAGGGAAAGGAACUGGCUAGCUGAAGAGAACCUGCUCCUUUUUGCUAUGUAGCAGAUGCCUGGGCACCUAGAAAGGGCUCCAGAAUGGUCCUGAUUUUUUAUGAAUAAAAAGGCUAAGCUUCUAAUCCUGACAUCCUUAACUAAGUUACAGGCAGAGCUAAUGUCCGUAUUCUUCCCAUUGACUGUAAGACUUGUCUCAUAGCUCAGUGGUAUUUGAAAAGAUUUGGGCGCAGCCCAAAUGAAGGGCUAAGUCCCGUAUCCUGAAGAGCCCUUUCAACACUGUGUUCACCUUGCUGUUUGUUGCUAUCCAGCUGCUUUGGUUGGCACAUCACGCAAUACUUAAGCUGAGGUGCACAAGUGACAGGCUUUCUGAUGUACCCAAACACUGAGUGUCUCUGUUGCUACACAGGAGGAGUCACACACACACAGGAGGAAGGUUUUAAAGUUUAAGUACUUUUCAGGUGGCUAGUGCAGAGUGUGAGAGAGACCAGCACACUCAUAAGAUAGGAGGCCUACAACGGAGCUAGGAAUGGGGACUGAUCCUAGCUGACACAAAGAGGUUGAUGGCAUUGGUUGGGAUUCUGUCAGAAUCUAUUUUGCAUUACUUGGACAAUAGGAAAUCCCUGCUAGAACCCAAGCACUUUGUAUGGACCUGAUGGAUGCAAAGGUUUUUUGAUAAUGCAGUAAGCUUUGGAUCAAGACCUGAGAAGAUACUUUAGAUAUCAGUAUUUUAUUGUGAGGAACACACUCCUUUGUUUCUUCUUCUUUUCUUCAGUUAGAAAGUUUUAAAACCCAAUUAAAUGAGGCAUGAAAAGAACUCAUUCUGAUAUGAGAGUGAGGAAGGGAAGUUGUGGCUGGAAGGGUAGUACUUUGGAAAGAUUUUUUCCUUUUUACUACAUUUGGCUUGGAGGAUUUGUACUAUGAAAUGAAAGCACCACAUGCAGCCACCUAUUAAGGCUUCAGCCACCAACGUGAGCUCCUACUUUCCCAUUAAUAUCUGUGGGAAAUUAAAAGCCAAAGUGCUAGCUUGAAUGUUUGCCAUACCUAAAGUUUCAGGUCUGUGGGAGACCUACGCAAAGUGGUGUAACCAUCAUUUUGUCUUUUGUUCAUCUGCCGUUUCCCAUACUCUGAGGACAGAAAUCCUUGCUGGUCUCCCUCAGAGAUGACGGGAAGGGUGUAGCUGAGGAGGUGUAGGAGAAGUCCCCUUUCACCCUCUGAAGCAUUGUAGAGGACAGGCUCUUCUCAUGCACCAUUGCUCUAAACUGUACCUAAAUGGCAUGUCCCAAGUAAGGACAUCUCCCCCUAAAAGGUUUACACUUGUAUCCUUUUUCUGGGCAUCUAAGCUCAUUCCAUCUAACUGUCCAGUCUGAUCUUCAGCAUUUUAUACUACCCAGUGCUCUUUUAUGAGGCAUCUUUUUAAAAAACCCUAUUGUUCCUCAUGUCUUUGCUUUCACUUAAAGUUGAACAUGCAUCAGAUUGAGACAAAUAUGAUCAGAUAGCUCAGGUAGCUGACAGCAAUAACUGCCUUUAAGAACAAACUCAAAUUACACAGUUCACUUGAAAUUAAACCCUUAAAGACUGGGACAAAACUCAGUCUUACCAAUGUCUCCACAGAGGCGUAACCUUAUGCACUAUCCAUGACUGUCAAGCCUUUGCAGGAUGAGGACAAGAAAUAAAAAUGCUAACUGAGACAAAGGAAUAAUCCUAGUUUUAAAAAAAGUGAUUUGUAAGUUUUAAAUAAAAUAUGCUGAAGUCAAAUGGGUUUUCUUAUUAGUGCUUGUUUACUAACUCCCUCUAUUCACUUUCUGUGCUUUAGUUAUUUGUUGAGAUUUUUCCAACAAUCAUAUAUAUAUGGAAAUAUCAGUAACAAAAAGUAUUAUCCUGUUCUUUAUGGUUAUCAAAGCUAUCACAAUAACCUUACUGAAAACAGACAAAAAAAUACAUUGUUUCAACAUUUCUAUGUGAACAAUUGGCAUUAGCUUCAAAUAUUUGGAAGAGCAAACAAAGGCAAUGUUGAACUUUGGGCAGUCUGGACAAGACCAGGACACUCUUUUUUAAACCACAAGAUUUCUUAUCAGUGAUACAAAUAUCUUUUUUACCUUUUACUUUGGGGAAGGUGAGGGAAGAUUUCCAGGCAACUCACAUGUCACAACUUGUAUUUUUCAUCAGCACAGAGAUUCUCCUUUGAAGAUAUUUUGGAUUAAAGUAUGUAUUUUCCAUGUAUUUUACUGACCUUACCUAAACUAAAAAUUCCUCUAGCAGCUUUUUGGAAUUAUAGAAAGCUUUCUUAAUGAAUUAACAUUUCAAUUAUGCAUAUUUCCCCUCUGUUGGGUCAGUUGAUAUAAUCUUCAUGGCAGCUAGAAUUUUGUAGAUAACCCAGAACUAGAAGGUAAAUGAUUCCUAUGGAUUUGGCUUGCAAGUGAUAGAUAUCCCAGCCAUCCGUAGCCAUCUGUAGAGAAAACCAUUGUGUAUCUUUCUCCAAACCCAGUUGAAAACUUAGUUAGUGCUUUUUCCUUAAGGCUUCCUGUAGUUAUAGGAUAGUUUCAUUCUUUGUGCCUGCCUGUAUGAUAAGCAUCAGCUGUGGAAAAGCAGAACCCUGCCUUACAGUGAUGUGAUGCAUGUAUUCUGGGACACGUGCCUGUGGCAUCCCUGAACAAGAGGUCUCUGUCUGCACUGGCCAAGAAGCAAACCACUCAGAUUUUCACAGUGGAGAAAAAGUAAUGUGUUGCACUACUAGUACAUGCCCUCUAAAAUGACUGUUAGCCUUCAGUGAGUGCCAAAAUAACUACACCUUUGUGUAUAUUGUUUGUAGUGUGAAUACUAUGUACUUGCCUUUUCUAUUAGUUGUUAAUAAUUCACAAGAUGUGUACAGAUGUGUGUAUGUGCAUGGGUUUGUGUACAUACUCUUUGGAUCCAGCUAAAUAUUUAAACCAUGUAAAUGCUGAUCCAAACCUUAAAUCUUAUAGGGCCAGACACUGGUCCUGAUGCAGCUAGAGCUGUUCAGCUUGGCUAGUUGUGAUGCUGCCAUACUCCCUCCAUAGCAUGACAGUAGAGCUCUAAGGAGCUUUUGUAUUUUUACACGUCUACUUUGUACCUAUUUUUUUGGAGGGAAGCAUCUGAUUCUGCCCUUCAGUGAUUCUAAUAUAGAUUUGUUAUGGCAAGAAGAGUUCCUCCCUAGUGAGGAAGCAGAACUGCCAGGGAGAAAGCAACAGCUCCUCAGAGUGCUCUCAGGAGACCAUUUAAAAUUAUGCCCUGUGGGGGCCUUAUCUACUUCUUUGCCCAACUUUGUGAACCCAGUUGACAGUCACAUGCAAAAUUCAUCAUCAGUCAGGUAAGUACAAAGUCAUGGUACAUGGAGGAUGAACAGAAGAAAAGAGUCUUUGUGUCCUACAAUGCUUAUGGCCUUGGGUCUUGCAUAAACCUUUAUUGAUAAAAAGAAAUACCUGAAGCAUAAUGAGAGAUAGCAGACUUAUGUGAAAUGCUCACAAUCUGGAGUGCCUCAACUUGACGUGUAUCUCCUGUAUUUGAAGUGUUUGCCCCUAAAAUAGCAUUUAGACCUUCAGUUACUCAUUUUGUGCACCCAAGUGCCCACUUGACCAAAUAGAAGAAGCUUGAAAAGGUGGACUGGGAUGUUCAUUUGAAGUCUUCAGAAUCCUAAAACUAGUGAGAGACCUUCAGUUGCAUUCAUGCUUGUUCAUUAAAACACAAAAGCAAUGCUUUGAAAGAUGUCCUAGGUAAGAAUAGGGCUUCAGGAGGCUAAAAGAGCAGAUUGAACCUCCAAAUCCUAAUUAGCCAAGCAAUUUGUUUUUGCAGGGAUAAAUAACUGUAAUAUACUUGGUAUUUCUUUUCAUGUUUUUCAGUAUGUUACCUUAGCUGUAUUGCUUGAAACCCAUAAUGAGGUGGUGGUUUUCAAAAGAAGUUAAAGACAUAACUGUGUUUUUUUCAUUUUCAGAAAAAGUUUGGAUUGCCUUGUUUCAUUCAAACUCGUUAUUGAUCAUACGCUCUGGGUAGACUUUGGCUAUAAAAGAGCAAUCUUGAUAACAAAUAAAAGAGAAAAGCAGUAUAUUUACUGUGCAUCCUUGAAAUACAUUUGCAAUAAUGAAAUGAUUAAUAAAAAGACCAACCCUUCGUCUUUUGUGAACACACACACACACACACACACACACACACACACACACACAAAAUUUUGGGGCAAGUAUAUGCAUGAGUGACAAAACUACAAAAGAGGCUCUUUUUUUCUUACAUUAGAUUUGUAAAUUGAUAUUGGAGUUCCCAACUGACUAAACUGACUUAGAAAAAUGUUAAGCACUUACCACAUUCCACUGUAGCUAAUCAGCCAAUUCAUUUUCAACUGUAUUCAUACAACAUCUCUUUUUUUGAAUCACUGUAAAGUUUAUGGCACUUGAAGGAAGUGGGUUUUGUUGUAAGCUUGAAUUCCUCUAAGCAUUUUUAAAGGUCUUAAAGAUAACCCUCACUUAGCUGCAGUUAUGUCUAUACAAGAUUUUUUCACUUACUUUGUACUUUUUUCAGAAUAGGUCACAAACUCGAAUAAAGUUGUGUUCAAGUUAAUUAAAAAAUAUAGCCCUAAAAGAAAUAUGUUCAUAUACUUCAUCCAUCUUUACAUUUUAUUUAGGAGCUAUGUUAUGGAUGAUUAGCAAAAAAGAGGAAAAAAAGGAAGAACGGCAAACCGUAUCCCCACAGUGGUGCAUUAUUUUAAGCUCCAGUUUACAUCAGUUGGGUUUCUGUAUGCUUGUACUUGCUCAAGUGCUAUUUUUAAACAAAGUAAUUAUAUAAUGUGAAAUAAUGUGGCUUGGGCUCUGUUCAAUAGAGUUAUAUUAAUGCGGUUGUAAAAUGCUGUAUUUCUGUGAUAUUCAUGCUAAGUACAUACUUGCUCUUUACCAAGGCUUUGUGUAAGGGCAGUUAGCCUCAAAUGUCAUGUAUAAAACCUGUUGACAGACUACUUUUGCUACCACUAUAUUGCAUGAAAUGACAAGGUCAUAGACAAAAACAAAUUACAGGAUGCAACAAAAGAGUGUGUUUGUGUUUAUCUCCGUGCUGGGCUCAGCAUAUACUGUAUCAGCUUUGGCAGACUACUGCAGCAGGGAAGAUUUGUGUAAUGCUUAUAAUACAAAGUAAUUUGUCUUUACAUUCUGUAAAUCAGAGAAAUGAUCAAUAUUGGAUAAGUAGAUUGACAUUUAUUCUUAGCAAGAUUUUAAGUAUCACAGAUUUAAAUAUUGCAGGAAAAAAUAUAUAUAUUUAUAUAGAAGAGCAAUUUUUGAAUGUUCUAGGUUGGUUUUCUUCAGUCAUGAACCAUUUAUUUAUCCACAUUAUGCUUUAUUCCUUUACUAGAUUGUUUAUCUGUCCAUGCUGUCCAACAUACACUUCCAAUUUGGCUUGGAUUUUUUGGUCUGUUAUUUGCACAUAGCUGGCUGUGCAUGCUGUGAGGACCUGAUCAUGAAGUGUGGAGGCAAAAUUGCUUUGUGUUUGGUUGUCUCAAGCACUAAUACAAAUCUGUUAAAUGGUUAUAUGUGAUAUAUAUAGGUCUUGACAUAGUCUUCCUUGGAGCACUGUACAGCAUGAUAAAUAGCUUUAGUGAAUCUUACUAUUUCUUGUUCUUAUUUGAUUUGUCUUUCAUCUUGGUCCAGAAAACCAGGAAGCUGCUGUGUGCUAAUAAUUACCUGCAAUAUUUAUAAUUGCAGACAUUGCAAACAUUAACAUUCAGCUGUACUAGUAUACUGUGUUCACUGUGAAAUUUUCAACACAGUCAAAACUUUUACGAGAUCAUUUAACCUUACAAGUUUACUUUUUUUUUCCUACUAAUUUAUCACUGAACCUUUUGUCAUUAUUGUGAUUGAACAACUUGAGGUGUUAAUCCCCUUAAUCUUAACUCUAAUAGCUAAACACAUCUUAAGCAAAUAUUUUUAAUCACUUGAUGAAGGGAUCUGGACAAUGUCCAGCGCAAAGCACACUGGACAAAACCCUGUCCCUGCUGUAGUCAGUGCUAAAAUAUUAACCGGCUUUAGCAAAAAUGGAACCACCGUUGCCAAGGGGUUAAUGUGCUUGGUUACCUUGGCAGAGGUUACGGGGGAGCACGACAGUGAGUCUCUAUUCCCAUAUCAUUGUUUCUGUUAAUUUAAAACUACUAUUAUUCAAUCUUUAAAAUAAAUAAAAGAAACUUGAAAGGGGAUCAUAUACUACUAGUUUGUACUAGGUUUUUUCAGGAAAAGGAAACAAAUUUAUAUAUAUAUAUAUAUAUGCAAUAUAUUUUUACACUGUUUAUUAAUGCUAGAAAGUAUUAAAUGUAUCACUUUAUCAGUGUGAAUGUUGAAGUAAUGACAAUGUUAUAGAUGUUUUAAACCUUUUAAAGUUGUCCUGUUAAAUUCUAAAACUACAUUAACAACGGAAAAGCUAUUUCGUCUACAACGUUAUUCUUAAUGUUUAGAGAAAAAGUUCCAGUACAGCAGUUGUCUGAUUAGCACUGUAAAAACUUGGCUUGAAAAGUUGUAGUGAAAUCCAUAUUGUAAACACCAUUUUUUAAAGCAUAGCUUCUCAUAAAGUAUGUUACUGCUGUUGACUGAUUGUAUAAAAUUAUAUCCAUAGUUGGUAAAGUGAUCAAUAAAUGUGUUACUACA